AUGCUUUUGCCAUCGAGAAUAACAAGCCAAAGUUGCUGUAUUUCUAUAUCAAAUAAACUUUCCAAUAUCCUUAUUGUAACAAAUAAAAAAUAUUAUUCCAAUACACAAAUAAUACGAAGAAAUAAUACGAACCUUGCAUUUAACAGUUCAACAUCAAAUGGAUCAAAUAACCUCUCAAAAUUGAAAUUUAUUCCAAAUGUAAUUACCGCUAACAAUACUGAUUCAUCUACUUCGACUUCAGAUUCGAAUCAGUAUCAACAAAAGGAUUUCAAAUUUAAAUUUAUAAACCAAUCACAGACAUUACAAAACAAAGAUAAUUCAAUUAAACCAUCAAAAUGGUCAAGCCAUGCAUUACCAUCUCAAACAUUCUUAAAGGAACAACAUGAAAAUACUCUAAAAGAAGAGAAGUUAAAAGAAGAGAAAUUAGAAGUUGCUAAAAAAAUUAUCGAAGAAGCUAAAUCUAAUCCUACAUCAAUUACAAAUGAAACUAAAUAUACAUCCACAUCCACAUCCACAGCCAACUCCACUACAUUAAAGACGAAAAAGAGAAAGAGAACGCUAAGACCACGUAAAGCCAUCAUUACAUUAUCUCCUAAGGCCAUCCUUCAUUUGAAGGCGUUACUAGAUCAGCCAAAUCCACAGAUGAUCCGUGUUGGCACAAGAAACCGUGGUUGCUCAGGAACUACUUAUGACUUACAAUAUAUUUCAGAACCUGGUAAAUUUGAUGAAAUCAUUGAGCAAGAUGGUGUCAAAGUUGUCAUUGACUCCAAGGCAUUAUUUAGUGUUGUCGGAUCUGAAAUGGACUGGGUAGAUGAAAAGUUACAGUCAAAAUUUGUCUUUAAGAAUCCAAACUCAAAGGGUACUUGUGGAUGUGGUGAAAGUUUCAUGGUAUAA